AUGGCUCGAAGAUCAACACCAAGCAGAUCCUCCACCCCAGAGCAUGCUGUCAGGCGAUCUCCAUCGAUUGCCUCGGAAGGCACAGUGGCGGAGGAACAGGGCAGCACAUGGCACGGGGCACCAACCCGCACAGAGACCAUGGAGAUCGAGCGUUAUGCGCUCUUCGGCCCUUCUGAAGUCUUUGGCGAGCACUCGGCAGACCUGCGUCGCAUCGAUCCUGCCGUGGUUGGGAUGUCUUUUGACGAGGUCUUCAGUUCCAUGGAGAGCCCUUGGCACCUGGACAGGCGUGACAUCAACCAGCCGCACAGCGGCGAUUGGCCGCAUGUGGAACCCGACUUCUGGUGCUCGAGUGAUGCAGGCAAAAUUUGCUUCAUCCCUGUGCCCGAGUUCUUAAACUGUCAGCCUGGUCAGUAUCACAAGGCUGUCGGGGAAGGCUGGCAACAUUUUGGCCACAUCUCCAGGGCGCCUGGCAACAUCGGUGGCUUCCACAGCUGCUGUAUCGAUACGGGCCAGCCAGGAUCUUCUUGGACGCUGGUUGCCAGACUGGCUGACUUUGGUCUGGUUUUAGGCCGGGAUUCGGGGGUGCGGGUGGAGUUCGCAGCUCUGGUUCGCAACGGAGCAGAAAGUCUCGUAGCUUCCGUCGGCACGCAUGACGAGUGCCGGUCGUUGUUUCUGGUCGAUGAGAUCCGGCUCGACACGGGGAAGCUACUGCUUGCAGACCCCGCAGAUGCGGCAGACUUCAAUGAUGCACGGCCAGCAUCGUCUGACUCAACAGACACUGGGCCUUGCGACGGCCUUGAUGGGCCAGCAGUACCAAGUGGUAUAGGCGCCGGGUACUACCCGGUGAUUCUGUCGCAAGAUGCUCUCCAAAGAGUCUGCAGGGUAUCCGUCGUCUUCCAUCCCAGUAGGGUGCCGAAAGUGUCCCGAAACUUCCCCCCCAGGGCCAGAUCACCGGCCAGAGGCCCAGAACAGAGGCCGACCGCGCCGGCAGCAAAGGCUGUCUCAAGGCCGCCGAGGCCCAAGAAAGACUUCCUGACCUGA